AUGGUCAACGUCUGCCCGCCCGGCGUCUGGUCCUACUAUGCCUACGACCCCAUGCGCAGCAUGACCUAUGUCGCCCUGUCGCUAUUUGCCGUCAUCUUCAUUGUCCAGGUCGCCCUCACCAUCAAGUGCCGCACCCGCUACAUGAUCCCGUUCGUCAUCGGCAUGCUCGGAGAGUCGUGCGGCUACAUCUUCCGCCGCGUGUCGGCCGACAACUCGUGCGGCCGCGGCAGCGCCCUCACGUGGUACCUCCUCCAGGAGCUCUUCCUCAUCCUGUGCCCGGCCCUCAUGACCGCACUGACUCGUUCCUCUCCCCGUCUUGCAGUGUGCUUCGGCCGCAUCAUCACCUUUGUCGGCGAGAAGUGGACGCCCAUCCCGAGCAAGUGGGUCACGUUCACGUUCGUCACGAUCGACAUCGUCUCGUUCGUCGUUCAGGGCGCCGGUGGCAGUCUCUUCUCGUCCGACAACGUCAACCUGUACACGACGGCCAAGGCCAUCCUGCUCGUCGGCUUCAUCAUCCAGAUCAUCGGCCUCGGGCUCUUUGCCUGCUUUGCCGGCAUCUACCACGUUCGCGCCCGUCGCGCCGGCAUCCCCAAGGGCGACUGGACCAAGUGCCUGUGGACGCUGUACGCCGGCAGCGUGUGCGUCCUCGUCCGUGGCAUCUUCCGCUGCGUCGAGUUUGGCACGGGCAACGGCGGCGACGACAAGGGCUACCUCCUCAGCACCGAGGGCUUCUUCUACGGCCUCGAGUUUGGCCCGAUCCUCCUCGCCGGCCUCAUCCUCACGGCGUCGUACCCGGGCAAGUACAUCCCGCACGCGCGCGUGCACAUGUUCCCGCCCACGGGCGACGAGGAGCACGACGCGGCCGCGGCGCGCAUCGAGAGCCAGGAGCACAGCGAGAAGGGCUCGCGCGGCGUUGACGAGAAGAGGAGGUGGUGGAGGAGGGCGUGAGCGCCUCGUCGACUCGGUCGUCGAGGGCAUGGAUAGACUGUGUGUGUGGGGGAGGAGGAGGGAGAUUGGGCUCGUCUGGUAGAACUCGCCAGAGAGCGCUGUACAACUUUCGCACCGCCC